AAAAGAAAAUAAGAUAUUAUACAUAUUACUAAUCUGAGGAAGCUCCUCUAUCUUUUACAUACAUAUCCUCUACAUACCCAUUUUAACCUCUAAUUCGUUUACGCCAAUUCUCGGUGAACCGGUGCAGCAUUUCGGCUAUAGUGCGCUGAAUGUUGUCUUCAGCGUACACAUUUGAUUUAGCAUACCCCCGGAGAAUAAAAUCUUCAUUUCGAGAAAAAAGGCAGUCAACAUCGCUAUUUAUGGUAGCAGCAUUUCCUGCCUCAUUUCAAAAUAAAUAGGUCCCGAUGAUGCCGCCAUUCCACAAUCCGCACCAACCGGUACAUUUUUGUGGGUGCAAUUGAUUUUCCUGAACCAAACGAGGUUUGACUCACCACAAUAGCGACAAUUUUGUUUGUUUACGAAGCCAUUAAGCCUGAAAUGGACCUCACCGUGCGUUGCACCAAGAGCUCUUGCAGUAGCCACCGGAGAAAGUGAAUUUGGGCAAUAAUCGGUAAAUCACUGUUUAAAAAGUUACAUUUAGGCAAGUGAGAGCAAGAGAAAAUGGUCGAUUAUUACAAAGUUCUCGACAUAUCGCGAAAUGCGACAGAAAGCGAAGUGAAGAAAGCAUAUAAAAAGUUGGCACUGAAGUGGCAUCCUGAUAAAAAUCCUGACAAUUUAGAUGAAGCAAAUACGCGAUUUAGAGAACUAUCUGAAGCCUACGAAGUUUUGUCGGAUGCACGUAGACGAAAAAUUUAUGAUACGCGUGCGACACUGCAGAAGGAAGAUUCAAAUUACAACUACUCCAAAGGCAGCGGAUAUACGGGUUGCAGUGGUUAUAAAUAUCGGACCCGUUCUGAUCCUAAACGCGACUACAAUUGCAACAAUAAAGAAGACGAACACGGCAGACAUGACAAUACUUCAACUAAACAUGCGAACCGAUAUUACUCCUUCACUUUUCGCAAUUUAUUUGAAUGGACACCAUUCCAUAAAUUAUUUGAAAAAAAGCGUCGGCUAUACGACCAAUAUGGUAAAGAGGGGCUGUUAGGUGAUCGUGGUCAUCAUCGGUCUUCUCGCCACCAUCAUGCGCAUGACUUCGAUGACUUCGACAUAAUGGGUGGUUUUCCAUUUGUGUUUCGGCCACCAGAGGAAGUUUUCCGGGAAUUUUUCGGUGUAAAUUCGCCAUUCGCUGAUUUAUUUAGAGAUGCACAUGGUUACCCUCAAUCAAACAGACCCAAUAAUGGGCUUAGCAGCAGUGGACGUCAACAUGUCGGCACUAAAUUGGCCUCACCGUUUGGAGCGCCAAUGUUGAACUACUCUAUGAUGGAUUUUAUGAUGCCGUCAAAUGGAUUUACUUCAUUCAGCUCGUUCAAUUCAGUUCCAAAUGGAAGGGGUGGUGCGGCAAGUGGCGCCGUCAGACGCACAUCAACUUCAACGACAUUCGUUAACGGUAAAAAAUUAAUGACUAAAAGAGUCUAUGAAAAUGGAAAGGAGACUGUAUUUUCAUACGAAAACGAUGUCCUGAAAUCAAAGACUGUGAAUGGAGUUAUACAGAAACUCUCUUCAAUUACAAAUUAAGGAAAGUCAUAAACUGAAUAGAAAGAAUAAAAGAGGAAAAUUUAUCAAAAUUAUGCCACAUGUAAAUCUCCUUUCUAAGCCUACUACCAUAGAUCAGUUAAUUUCGUUAUUAUUUUUAUACGAAUAUCGUUACAUAUAAAUUAAUUAGUAAUUUAUGAAGAGUAUGAAUUUGACGACUCUCCUCUAUUUUAUGUUUAUUUUUAUUAUUUAUUAGAAUCACUAUAAUUGAGAGAUAUAAUUUUAAAGAGCUAUGGAUCCACUAAAAGUAAGAAUAGAGAAGGCCACUUUCGUUCAUAUUUGAUGAAACGAAUUAAUUCUCUGAAAAAUAUGGAAUGACAGCUAAAGUCUUUUUUUACUACAUACGAAUUAAUUACACUCAAUAAUGAUUCACCCCGUAAAUAAAUUUUACAUAUGUAUAAAUUUGAUUAUAAAUUAACAGAAUUGAAAAACUGGAAUUUUAAUUUGUUAUAUUAAGACCCCUAUUACGGGUUUCAACCCAACUGCAUUUUGGUAGAAGUUUUGAAAUUCUGUAUUAUGGUUUUCAACUCACCCGUCAAAAAAAAAUUCGGUUGAAGUGUUGUCAAACUUAACUUUUUUUGGUAUUACGAUUUUCAUCUCUGUGUCAGUGGGGUUGACUAAAGUAUCAUAAAAUUUCAACUGCUAACAAGCUGUUGUAGUUAAACAUUAAUGAUCUUAUUUAUGAAAAAUAUUAAUUGAAAAUGGGUAAAAAGAACUAUAUCAUUAAUGAUUUCAAACUAUUUAAAUCAGUGGUUAUGUACAAAUCCAUAGAAAGGUGAAAAAUUUGUUGAGCUCGUGGAGUAAAAUCCGGAAACUAGAGGAGACAAGCUACAAUUUGGAAAGAUUAAAAUGAAAUGAAGAGACCGUGGGAAGUAUUUCGAGCAUAAAGUGUCGAUACAAUCUACUACUCCUAGGAAUAUACUUUUUUAAUAAAAUAAAAUUUUUGAAGCGUUUUGUUCCCCUUUCAUGCAUUGUUUAUAAUAUUUAAAAGCAGAAUUUGUUACAACCAUAGAUAUCGCGGGUUGCUGUAGCUCAAAGUUGAAAUCAUUUAAAAUGCAUUCUUCAAAACUACCGGCAGUAAGGAAAUGGUGAGUUUGGUAACGUUCUUUCAAAUCAUUUAGUAAAAAACAAAAUGAUUCCACAUUUAGUCGAAAAUAACUUAUGAAUCUGAAAACUCUGGCUUACUUGGUGUUAGGAAGUUCGAAACCAUUUGAGUGACCACGAAGGCUUUCUCAUAUGCGCAACACAUCAGUUUUGGCCCCAGUUUAUCAUCGUAAUAUAAAUCAAAACUUUUUGUCCAUUUUAAUAAUUAUUCACCUUUUGGUGAGCAAUAACUAAAUUUUUUUAAAUGGUUUUGAUUUUUCGUUUAAAAAUUUUCAGCUGUUUAAUUAUCAGUCAAAUCUUCAUUUUUUAGUGAAAAUAGUUGAAAAUCGUAAUACCAAAAAAGAGUUGGGUUGAUCUGAAGUUGAAUUGCUUCAACUUCAAUUAAGCCGAGUGGAGUUGAAAACCGUAAUAGGGGUAUAAGACUCUGGGCUUAAAUAUUAACAGUUAUAACUGAAGUUAAAAAAACCCAAAAUCAUCAAUAAAGUGGAAUAUUAAAAAAAUUUCCUGUAGAGAAAAUAAAUUAUUUUAACAGAAAAGUACUUUUUACGAUUAUUUGUCAAUUGAUCAAAUGAAUAAAUUAUCAUAUAAAUUGACAUAAGGACUUGCCAACAGCUAAAUGAAGUCGGAUGAAUUAUGUUUUUAAAAAGUAUAUUCAUUAAUUAUAAAGUUUAUGGAGCUUUUAUUUUAUCUUUUACUUGAAAUUACAAAAUCGACAAAGUAUGCUACCAAUUGUUAGUAAAGAACAACGGCCAUGUUAAAUAAUGUAACCAAUCCGUAAAGGGCGCUGCGCUUCUAAACAGAUAUGCGACCAAAUAUGUCCGUAUGCUCUUGAAUUAUUUCGAUGAUAGUCCCUACUAGACAUCCUUAUGAUGUCAGAUAUAAAUAAUGUUCUACUUCGUAAUGUAUUUUUUAUUUUUUGUAUACAUGGGCAAAGUAUAUAAAUAAAUUUAAGCAGUACGAAAGUCAUAAAGCCAGAAUUGUGAAUGUAAUGAUUUUUAAAUGUAAAAAGGGAAUAGUUUCAAAAAUAUGUAGAAGGUAGUGAAUUAAUUAAAAUAUAAAUACCUAACUAAGAGAAAGAGAUGUACUGCAGCUUCAGAUAUUUAAGUAUAAUAUAUGAUUUAAGAAUAAAGAUCUACACUUUCGAAAUAUACAAGAAAUACAAGAAAA